GGCUAAAACAAAAAAAGCCCCUCAAAUAAGGGGUAAGCCCCAGAACCCUAACCAGACUCUUGUCUAUCCUCGCGCCCCUCGCACCCUUCCCGCCGCCGCCGCCGCCGCAGGUCUCACCGCCGUCGCCGCAGCCAUGGGGCGCAUGCACAGCCGCGGGAAGGGUAUCUCGUCGUCGGCGCUGCCGUACAAGCGGACUCCGCCGGUCUGGGUCAAGACCGCCGCCUCCGAUGUGGACGAGCUGAUCACCAAGGCCGCGAAGAAGGGCCAGAUGCCGUCGCAGAUCGGCGUCCUGCUCCGUGACCAGCACGGCAUCCCGCUCGUCAAGAGCGUCACCGGGAGCAAGAUCCUCCGCAUCCUCAAGGCCCAUGGUCUGGCCCCUGAAAUUCCUGAGGACCUGUAUUUCCUGAUUAAGAAGGCUGUGGCCAUUAGGAAGCAUCUUGAGAGGAACAGGAAGGACAAGGACUCCAAGUUCAGGCUCAUUCUUGUUGAGAGCAGGAUCCACCGCCUGGCCCGCUACUACAAGCGCACCAAGAAGCUCCCACCCACCUGGAAGUAUGAGUCUACCACCGCCAGCACUCUGGUGGCCUAAGGGAAUUCUGCAUCUGGGGUGCUUUUGGCUCUUAAAGCUGUGAUUGUCUAGAAAAUCAAUUUUAUGUACUGCUUUAUGAGUUUGGAGCCAAUUAGAAGCUGCAAAAUUUUCAUGUUUAUCUGGAGGAUGCCGUAAAACCAUUCUGGUUUUGUUAUUCUGUCUGUUAAACGACUGUUAUCGUGUAUCCAGAUUUUGUUGGUUAUAAUUAGCUAUUAUCUUACAUUGUGUGAUCUUGAAGCAAAUUAUCAGAUA